UAGCCCUGCUCUGCUUGCUCACUCUCCCACGACAAGCUAGCGCCAUCGACCAUAUCAUCUCAUUCUCAUAGUCAUCGGAGAAGAAAGGCUCUCCGAGAAGAGGGAUUUGAUUGCGAUGGGUUCGGAGACGUUCGUGGAGAUCCUGCUGGCCAUCCUGCUGCCGCCGGUCGGCAUCUUCCUCCGCUACGGCAUCGGCGUGGAGUUCUGGAUCUGCCUGCUGCUCACGGUGCUGGGCUACAUCCCCGGCAUCAUCUACGCCAUCUUCGUCCUCGUCGCAUAGGCAUAGCUUGUUCAUCAAUUGAUCAGAUCGGACUCGUGGAGAUAGAUAGAUAGAUAGAUCCAGAGGCAUCUUUGCUCCAGUUGCUCUAGCUGUUCAUGGAUGAUGAGAUGACUGGCGCAUCGGUGUAAACAGGAUCUCAUCUCUGCGCAAUGAAUAACCACCCUGCAUGCCGGUUCAGUUACUAGACCAGCUACUACUGUUUUUCUACUGUUGUGCUGACCGGAGCGCUAUGUACUGCCGUUCUGUGCGUAUGAUUAUGCGUAUCGAUAUCACUUCUCCAAAUUAAUCUGUAUGCACGUAUGUAUCUUGCAUUUGUGAUUUGU